AUGAGUUUACAGCCACGGCGAGAAUACCACAUUGUCGUGCUUGGUGCUGGCGGUGUGGGUAAAAGCUGUCUCACGGCCCAGUUUGUGCAAAAUGUCUGGAUUGAAAGCUAUGACCCGACCAUCGAAGACUCGUACCGCAAACAGGUCAAUGUCGACGGUCGCCAAAUCAUGUUGGAAAUCCUCGACACGGCCGGCACGGAACAAUUCACGGCCAUGCGAGAAUUGUACAUGAAGCAGGGCCAAGGGUUUCUUCUCGUUUUCUCCAUCUGCAACAUGAACUCAUUUUACGAACUAGCCGAACUUCGGGAACAAAUCAUCCGCAUCAAGGACGACGAAGACAUCCCCUUAGUGGUCGUUGGUAAUAAGUCCGACAUGGAGGACGACCGUGUGGUGCCUCGGGCCCGAGCCUUCCAACUCGCUCAGCAAUGGGGCCAGAAGCCUUACUACGAGACCUCGGCACGCAGACGGACAAAUGUCGACGAAGUCUUCUUGAAUCUCUGCGCUCAGAUAAUUCAAAAAGACAACAGUCGCAAUCAGAUAUACGAGCAACAAGUGGCAACUCGUCGUCGGGAGCGACCAAAUAGACACGAUCGGCGAGGCAGAAGAACUGGAAAUCGUGAUCGAUGUGUCAUUUUGUAA